GCAAACCGAGACAUCCUCUCCAUUGUCUUCUCUCUGUGUGUGCUUCCCCAUCGUCUCUGUCACUUCCCCCCUCCAUUGAAGGAGGAGGAAGCUCGAAGAAAGAAGAAGACUCUUAACACCAAGCUACUCCCCCCUACCCCCCCACUCUCCCUCGCCCUUCCCCACCCAUCUAAGCAGUCCGAUCACUUGAUCCUUCCCCCAACCUAUUAUGGCGCAGGAACCCCUAUCCGAAACCCUAGAUUCCAGCGAUCGAUCCCGCGGCCCUUCCCCUGACAGUUCCUCUUCCUCCGAUCCAUCUCUCUCCCGGAACUCGUCCUUCAGCCGCCUCAACGCUAAGGCCCCGGAGUUCGUCCCCUCCCCUCGGCCGCAGCCGCCGCCGCCAUCGCCGCCGCCGCAGCAGGCCCGGCCUGAUCUGGCCCAGGCGCCGCGGAUGGGCGCCGUCCCCCCUCCGCCUCCUCCCGGGAUGGUCCAUGUCUAUGUCCCCGUUCAGCACCCCGUGGUGAAUCAGCACCAGUUCCAUCCCCACCACUCUCCUGUUCAGUACCACAACCCUCACCACCACCAGCACCACCAGAAUCAUAGUAAUCAGCAGCAGCACCAUCACCACCACCAUCAGAGACAGCACCAUCAAAAUCAAGCUCAGGCCGAGCACGAUCAUGGUGCCCCGUCUAAGAACGGACUGUCUGAUGAAGCUAUUCAGAAGAUUCUGAAUCAGGUGGAAUAUUAUUUCAGUGAUUUAAACUUGGCUACCACUGAUCACCUAAUGAGGUUCAUCAAUAAAGAUCCUGAAGGCUACGUGCCAAUUUCUAUUGUUGCCUCUUUCAAGAAGAUCAAGGCUCUUAUAAGUAGCAAUUCCCAGCUGGCUUCUGUCCUCCGUAACUCAUCAAAGCUUGUAGUUAGUGAAGAUGGAAAAAAGGUUCGGCGGUUGCAUCUCUUGAGUGAAUCUGAUAUGGAAGAGCUACAAUCACGUGUUGUCGUAGCUGAGAAUUUACCUGAAGAUCACUGCCACCAAAACCUGAUGAAAAUUUUCUCUGCUGUUGGGAGUGUGAAAGCUAUCCGGACCUGUCAGCCCCAGGCAUCGAAUGCUGGAGCUUCAGCGUCCAGGUCUGGUAAGGGCGAUGGAAUGCUUUACAGUAACAAGUUGCAUGCUUUUGUGGAAUAUGAUUCUGUCGAACUGGCUGAGAAAGCAGUUGAGGACCUAAAUGACGAGGAUAAUUGGAGAAGUGGCCUCAGGGUACGAUUAAUGCUUAGGCGUGGGUCAAAACCUGCUCAAGCACGAGGUAGGAAGGGCCACGAAGGAGAAGAACAUGCUGAGGAAGAUGAUGGUCCUGCAUCUGAGCAACAGCCGAGUGAGAAACAAUUGGAUGAUUCCAUCGAGCAACCUGAUGGUCACUUGCCUGGGCAAACAGGAGAGGAGAAUGCCAAUGAGAAGGAAGGUGGGCAGAGAAAAGGACGGGGAAGGGGUCGAGGGAGAGGCCGUGGCCGAGGUCAAUACCAUUAUCACAACAAUCGUGGAGGAAAUUCUAAUUAUAAUAAUUCAGCAAGUAAUCUGGGCACAAGUGAGGCGACUACUUUAGCAAAGCAGCAGCCACCAGGACCGAGAAUGCCCGAUGGUACAAGAGGUUUUGUGAUGGGCCGGGGGAAGCCAGUUGCUGUUAAUACCGUGUGACAGAGACUAGAAUAUCAUCACCGUAAUCAUCGAUCCUCCUAAUUAAAGGUGUCUUCAAGCUGUGGGGAAGUAUUAAGCUUUCUUUUUUUUUUUUUUUAAAUCUCGGUGGGGAAGAACAGCACAUGCAUUUUUCGUUCUUGGAAAGGUCUGGAUCUUCUUUUAAUGGAUCGCAUGAUACGGCAGAUUACUAUUUUCUUUUUAUUUAAUUUGCUAAUUUUUUCCUUUUAAGGUUUUGUCAUGUAGAAAGGAAAGCUUAAAGGGGAAAAGUAAAAAAGAAAAGAGAGAGAUUUACGAACUGUGUGUGAAACUCCUACAUAUAUAUAUAUAUAUAUAUAUAUAUAUAUAUUUACGAGUGAAGAACUGACGUUGUGAAGUAAUACCUGUCUAUCCAUUAUUCAA